AUGGGGAAAAGACCAGAGGAGAGCGUCUUACCUUCCUGCGACAACUGCACCACAAUGGACACUUCUUUGGUUGAGAAGGUGGCCUCCUUCCUCCUGUGGUGUGGGAGCUCCCUUUCAGCCAACACCGUACAUUCUCAGCCUCCCCCAAGAAGGGGCAGCCGGGUACAGCUUGGUAACAUGAUAGCUGGUGGGCGCAAACAUCAGCCUGCUCAGAAACUUGUUGUAUACUUGCAACAUGGCUUGUUGACAUCUGGCAGCAGCUGGAUUUCCAACCUUCCCAACAACAGCCUGGGUUUCAUUCUGGCCGAUGCCGGUUAUGACGUGUGGCUGGGGAACAGCCGAGGGACUACGUGGUCCAGGAAACACCUGUACCUGAAAACAAACUCCAAAGAAUUCUGGGCCUUCAGUUUUGAUGAAAUGGCUAAAUACGACCUCCCCGCCUCCAUUGACUUCAUCGUGAAGCACACGGGACAAAAGGAAAUAUUUUAUGUGGGCCAUUCCCAGGGCACCACUAUCGCUUUCAUAACAUUUUCCACAAUACCAAAGAUAGCUGAAAAAGUCAAAAUAUUUUUUGCCUUAGCUCCAGUUUUUUCUAUUAAAUACUCAAACAGCCCUUUAAUCAAAAUGGCAUACAAGUGGAAGUCAGUGAUAAAGGCUUUUGUUGGCAACAAAGCCUUCUUACCUAAUACUUCAUUUAAAAGAUUUGUUGGUGCAAAGCUGUGUCCACUAAAGAUUUUUGGCAAGAUUUGCCGUGAGGUCUUGUUUUUGAUGUAUGGAUGUGACCUGGAGAACUUAAAUAUGAGUCGCGUGGAUGUGUACAUGUCACAUAACCCAGCAGGGACAUCUGUUCAAAACAUGCUUCACUGGAGUCAGCUUUUUAAUUCUAGUCGCUUGAGAGCUUUUGAUUGGGGCAGUCCUGUUCUGAACUGGAUGCAUUUUAAUCAGACAACUUCUCCAUUUUACAACGUGACAUGCAUGAAUGUGUCAACCUCAACUUGGAACGGGGCCCGUGACGUGUUGGCUGAUCCUCAAGAUAUUAAUAAUCUACUUUCUGAAAUCACAAACCAUAUUUACCACAAAACCAUUUCUUCCUACAAUCAUAUAGACUUCUUGUUCGGAUUAGAUGUGUAUCAUCAAGUUUACCGUGAAAUCAUUGACAUUAUCCAAGGCACUCUGUAGAGAACCACGGUCCUCUGUGUUGAAGGAUCUACAUAGUUUCUAUUAAAACCCAAUCAUCUCUUCUUA